AUGUUAAAGUUGUUGAAUGUGUCGACCGCUGAAUGGAAUGGACUUCGUCUGAGGACGGGUUGCUGUAAAUACGUCUCCCACCUGCUACAAAUACGUCUCCCACCUACUACAAAUACGUCUUCCACCUACUACAAAUACGUCUUCCACCUACUACAAAUACGUCUUCCACCUACUACAAAUACGUCUUCCACCUACUACAAAUACGUCUCCCACCUACUACAAAUACGUCUCCCACCUACUACAAAUACGUCUCCCACCUACUACAAAUACGUCUCCCACCUGCCACAAAUACGUCUCCCACCUGCCACAAAUACGUCUUCCACCUACCACAAAUACGUCUUCCACCUACUACAAAUACGUCUCCCACCUGCUACAAAUACGUCUCCCACCUGCCACAAAUACGUCUCCCACCUGCCACAAAUACGUCUCCCACCUGCCACAAAUACGUCUCCCACCUACCACAAAUACGUCUUCCACCUGCCACAAAUACGUCUCCCACCUGCUACAAAUACGUCUCCCACCUGCUACAAAUACGUCUCCCACCUGCCACAAAUACGUCUCCCACCUGCCACAAAUACGUCUCCCACCUGCCACAAAUACGUCUCCCACCUGCCACAAAUACGUCUCCCACCUGCCACAAAUACGUCUCCCACCUGCCACAAAUACGUCUCCCACCUGCCACAAAUACGUCUCCCACCUGCCACAAAUACGUCUCCCACCUACUACAAAUACGUCUCCCACCUACUACAAAUACGUCUCCCACCUACUACAAAUACGUCUCCCACCUACUACAAAUACGUCUCCCACCUACUACAAAUACGUCUCCCACCUACUACAAAUACGUCUCCCACCUACUACAAAUACGUCUCCCACCUACUACAAAUACGUCUCCCACCUACUACAAAUACGUCUCCCACCUACUACAAAUACGUCUCCCACCUACUACAAAUACGUCUCCCACCUACUACAAAUACGUCUCCCACCUGCUACAAAUACGUCUCCCACCUACUACAAAUACGUCUCCCACCUACUACAAAUACGUCUCCCACCUGCUACAAAUACGUCUCCCACCUGCUACAAAUACGUCUCCCACCUACUACAAAUACGUCUCCCACCUACCACAAAUACGUCUCCCACCUGCUAUAA